UCUUCAUCUUCACUUCCUACUCGACAUUGUAUCUGCUCUGUCAGAAAUCAACAGCAACAUCUGACAGAAAUCUGAUCAUGUUUUGGUUUAUUAUAAGUGCCGUUUUACUUUUGUUUACUUUAAGAUACCGCUAUCCGUAUUUCUUCAAAGACCUCCAGUCAAUCUAUCGGAUAUUUCUUAUAGGAUAUCCUAUGUCAAAAAUCAGGAACUCAAAACCUUUCUAUACGUUAGUGGACCGAUUUCUGGAGCAUGUACACAAACACCCGGACAAAGUUUUUAUUCGGUUUGGUGAUGACACGCACUCGUAUGAGGAGACCGAUAAACGGAGUAACCGAAUCGCAAGGAGUUUGUUAACUCAUGCAGAUCUUCACGAAGGAGAUACGGUUGCUCUUCUGAUGGGAAAUGAACCCAUGUAUAUGUGGAUCUGGUUGGCUUUGAUGAAGAUCGGUUGUUCUGCUGCUCUUCUGAAUUAUAACAUCAGAUCCAAAUCACUGCUGCAUUGUUUCUCCUGCAGCGGAGCCAAAGUCUUGAUCGCAUCUGCAGAACUGCAGGACGCUGUUGAAGAAGUACUGCCCACACUUCGAGAGAAAGAAGUCACUGUCUAUAUACUGACUGACAGUGUUAACUGUGACGGGAUUCAGAGUUUUAAUGACAAAAUCAACCGUGCGUCAGAUGAGCCCAUUCCUGCAGACCUGAGAGCAAACGUCACCUCAAGGAGCGUUGCUGUGUACAUCUACACGUCAGGCACGACAGGCCUUCCAAAGGCAGGCUUGAUAACUCAUCAGAGGUUAUGGGGAAUAGCCUACUUCCAGUUACUUUGUGGAACGACUUCUGAAGAUGUUGUGUACAUCAACCUUCCCCUAUAUCACAGCGCUGCAUUUGGUGUUGGAUUCACAGGAUGUAUUGAGAGAGGAUCUACUAUUGUUUUGAGGAGAAAGUUUUCUUCCUCUCAGUUUUGGGAUGACUGCAGGAAAUACAAUAUAACAGUGAUCCAGUACAUUGGAGAAACAAUGCGUUACCUCUGCAAUACACCAAAGCGCUGUAGCGAUCAAGUACACAAUGUUAGAAUGGCUAUUGGGAACGGGAUGAGGGCAGAUGUUUGGAGGAUAUUUUUGAGCAGAUUCGGUCAGAUCGACAUCAAAGAAUUUUACGGUGCGACUGAGGGGAACAUCGGUUUCGUAAACAACGGUGGAAAAAUUGGGUCAGUCGGGAGAGUGAACGUUGUUCACAAGAAAUUGUCCCCUUACAACAUGAUUAAGUUUGAUCAGGAGCGAGAGGAACCUGUAAGGAAUGCUGAUGGAUUUUGCAUAGAGGCUGCCAAAGGUGAGACAGGUCUGCUGGUGUCAAGGAUCACCCUAAGGACUCCUUUUGCUGGAUAUGCCGGAGAUAAGAUGCAGACAGAAAAGAAGAAACUGUACGAUGUGUUUGAGAAGGGAGAUGUUUACUACAACUCUGGUGAUCUGUUCAGGAUAGACCACGAUAACUUCAUCUACUUUCAGGAUCGGGUGGGAGACACUUUUAGGUGGAAAGGGGAAAAUGUGUCCACAAAUGAAGUGGCAGAUAUUCUCUCAAUGGUAACAUGCAUCGACCAGGCAAACGUAUACGGUGUUACAGUUCCAGGGCACGAGGGGAGGACAGGAAUGGCUGCCAUCAAAUUAAAGGAAGAUCAAGAGUUCGAUAGCGAAGGACUUUUUUGUCACGUGAUCACUUACCUUCCUUCUUACGCAAGACCACGUUUCAUACGGAUCAAGAAUGACUUGGAUGUUACUGGCACCUACAAACAUAUUAAAGUAAAGCUAGUAGAGGAGAGCUUCGAUCCUGCGCUGAUCAAAGAGCCUUUAUUUAUAUUAGAUGAGACUGUGAAAAACUACACACCUCUGACACAGGACAUAUACGAGUCCGUUAUGCAGGGUGACUUCAGAUUGUGACAAGCAAGCUUUAAUAAAUUGUGGUAUAGACUCGUGAAACUAAAUGGUGCUGUCCAGGUAUCACAUAUUGUUAUAAUGUACUCAAAGGAAAUUUGUAUGUAAUUGUUUGUAAUGUUGAAAAAAAUUACAAAAAUGAUGGAAACAUUUCAGAAAUAUUUUGUUUUUGCAGUGCAAUACUUUUACACUACUUUUUGUGAAUGACGUAAUGGUCAGUCUUUUAAAGAUGCUGGUACACUUUCUCUUAAUGGCCUGUGGUCUGCAGACACUGUGGUCUGUGGUGGUCACACCGUUUCGCAAGUGUUUGCUGUAAAAUGAUUGGUUUCAGUAGAAACCCUCCUACUCGCUCAUGUCUCAAAGGUUGUAUUGGAGGAUAAGGGUUGCCAAGUUGUGAAGAAAUGUUCAACUUUGCACAACCACAACUUUAAUAUACUUAAAAUUCAAUACUUGUCGUUGUGUUCAAAUAUAUUUUAUUGGUAUGAUUGUUAAAAAUGUAUCCUACAGUAUUGCCGAAGUGUAUUAAAAAUGAAAGUAAAUAAAUAAAUAAAAUAUACAUACAAGUGUAUAAUAAAAAUACAAUCAAUUUAAUUUUA